UUGUUUAAAGAAGUUUUGUGUAGAUUGACGUGAUAAAAUGUUUAACACACUGUCAUUAUUUGUGUUGGGCUGUUGGGCUCUAAUACUGUGAAGUUGUAUGUUACGCUUGCACAUUGUUAGUUUUUUUAUUUAUUUUUAGUUUUAAACAGUUUGUUUAGCCUUUUACAUAGUUUCGCCGACGACAUCAUGGAGUCUGCCACUGUAUUCGAAGAUCGUAAAAAUCUAAAUGAUUUCUUAGAAGAAGCAGAACUUCAGCAGUAUUAUGAAUUGUUUAGGGAUAUAUUAAAAGUAACAAAAGUAUCACAACUUAAGUUUGUAUUAACUGAAGAUUUAGUACAAAUUGGCCUAUCAAGACCGGAGCAGAGGCGCUAUAAGAAGAUCUACUCAAAAUAUUUUCCCAACCCCUACAUAUCAAAGAUACGAAAAAUGCUUAAACCUAACAAAAAAAGUGAUCAGAACAUACAUGGCCAUUCAUCAAUACAGUUAGAAGCCCAACCAUUCUUCGAGAACAACGUCAAAGUGCCUACAAAACACAUAAUUUCUAUAGAAGAUAUUACUAUAAACAAGGAGCUUGGUAUGGGACAGUUUGGCGUGGUACAACAAGGUACAUGGACCACGGGAAAUCAAAGACUGCAAGUAGCAAUAAAGUGCCUAGGUCAUGAGCGAAUGACGUCAAAUUCGACAGAGUUCUUGAAGGAGGCUGCCGUGAUGCACAGUAUAGAGCACCCGAAUAUUGUGCGUUUGUAUGGCGUUGUGUUACAUAUGGACUCUUUAAUGCUGGUGACCGAGCUAGCACCUCUCCGGUCGUUGUUAGAGUGUCUUCGUGAGGUGUCACUGCGGCAAAACUUCCCGGUGCCCAACCUCUGCGAGUUUGCGGAACAAAUCUGUGAUGGCAUGACUUAUCUAGAAAGCAAAAGACUGAUACAUAGGGACCUAGCAGCAAGGAAUAUUUUAGUAUUUAGCAAGGAUAGAGUGAAAAUAUCUGAUUUCGGGCUGUCCCGCGCUUUGGGCGUCGGAAAAGAUUACUAUCAAACGAAUUACAAUGUGAAUCUGAAGCUACCUGUGGCAUGGUGUGCGCCAGAAUGCAUACUAUUUCUCCGGUUUACAUCAGCAAGUGACGUUUGGGCGUUUGGCGUAUGUCUCUGGGAGAUGUUCACGUAUGGCUUCCAACCCUGGGCCGCGUUCUCUGGACAGCAGAUCUUAGAAGCCAUUGAUGCUCCUAACUUUCAGAGAUUGGAGCGACCGGAAUGUUGUCCUGAAGCCUACUACACUACUAUGCUGGAGUGUUGGGCUCAUGACUUCAACAAUAGACCCAAGUUUAAGGAUUUGGCUCCAAAGUUACGGAGCAUAAGACCUGAACAGGUGGAAGCGACAGUUAACUUCCAGAAGCCAGAAGAUGCCAGAAGAAACACCUUCCUCGAGUACAAAGCCGGACAAAUCAUUACAGUAUUAGGAAAAGAAAACAUGACGAAAUCUCCACUUUGGUACGGCGUUCUCCCCGGCGGCGCCUGCGGUAUGUUGGACCCUUCACACACGAAGCCGUAUGUCCCACCAGAGAGAAGUGUAUGUUACGGGUCGCUCUCUCCGCAUCCCGUCCGGCAAUCCGCGCGGUCGAUCCGCUCGACGCUGCUGAGGAGCGAUGUUAAACGACACACUUUUACUGGCAAGCGGUCGAUACAGCGGUGUAUGAUAUCGAGCCCGCAAGGAGACGUCAAGCAUACAGGACAUGUGGGCCUAGAUGGGGCCUACUUCGGAGAUAUAUCGUUCCUGGAUCCUGCCGGAUGCCCGCCCCGUCAGAUAGUGACGCCAUACAAACCUUCGGAAGACCUGGAACAGAUGCCGCUGAUCAACCCGAAUUCGCCGUCACACCUGACGGGAGCUUCGGGGACUACGCCCUACCCCAUGCUGGCUUCUCAUCAGCCGGAUAGGCCUGACUGCGAUGAAGUGGAUUUAGCUUGUGAUAAAACAAGAAGUUUGCGCAAGAACAGCCUCAGAACGUUGUCAGAGCCGACUACUAGCAAAAGUAUUCUUAGUAAGGUGAGGAGUGCAACUCUUGGCAGAUCCCACAAAGGCGACAACGGCACCAUGCCCAAGACUGAUGAAGUUCACGAGUACCAUGAGAUUUCCGAUACCGACACGGAGGGUACUGCUACUUCGUGUGGCAGAGUCGAGCGUUUGAACUCAAAGGAUAAUAUUGAGAUCCUGAAGAGUACGAGCGACUUUGGCCAGAGUCUGUUGGAUGAAAUAGAAGUCAUGUUCCGAAACAUGGACCGCCGUCGUGAAGAUAACCAACCCGGGAGGUCGGCAGACGCCAUCAGGCCGGCCUCUCCAAGCGGGACCGCUGAUACGACCACCACCCUGACGAAGUCGGAGCGCAAGAAGGGAUCCACUGGCACCAUGAAACCGAUGUCGGCUCAUGAUGAGAAGACCUUGAAUACUGCUGUCGCCCUGGCUAAUGAGAUCACUGCUAAGUCCAUGAGCGAUCUGGAUGGCGAUAAGAAAAUGCCGCAUUCACCCAACGAGCGCUCGAAAUUUCACUUCAAGUUUCCGCUGUCCCUCCAUCACGGACAUGGCCAUGAUGCUGAGAAGGAUUCCUCGGCUGCACGUGAGCGUCGCAAUUUUUCUGAGGAAGCUAACAGCGUUCCUGAUAUCCAGUCCACCAUAACUGAAGAAUCCAAGAUGGCUUACACCAGCCUGAUCGAAGAGCCGACUCCUUCCACGUCGCUGAUGACUCACAUUGCCAAGGAGACCAGUGGCAUUCUGAAGCCGGCUACUAUCCCGAAGCCAGCUCGUGCUACUCACGUGCAGUUCCGCUCUCUGCAGGCCAAUUCGCCUAGCAAGGCCCGAAGCCUAUCUGCUGCUGACGCUGCUCAGCCUGAUGCUGCUAGCGGCAAUGUCCUGCCAUUGCCUCCUCGAACUACAAAGCCGAAGCUAAUUGACAAACCUCGACACAUCAGGAAAUAUCCACUAAAACUACUAGAUAAGCCAAAACCAGAGAAUGAGCCAGUCAACGAAACGAAAAGCGUUAUCCUCUAUCAGAAUACCAAGAACCCAGAAGUUAAAGAAGAAAUAAAGCCAGUUGAGGUAGAAACUGCUGAGGAUGAGGUCGAUUCGGCCCCCAAAGUUGACACAAACCCUUUCAAUGUCGCCGGUCCAAGCAAUCCCUUCGCUUGCUUCUAUGACAAUGACGACGAAAGCGAUACAGGGUUACCUGUUAACACUGAAAGCGAAUCAGAAAGCGGGGACGAAAGCAACAACGCUUUAGUAAAAGAUUGUAAAGACCACGUGUCAGUAGAAGAUUUGUUGGAGUUUGCUGACCAAAAGCCUUGUGGUCGACAGCGUGGUGUCGAGUCUGAUGAAGUCCGUAUCAUGUGCAAGGUCCUUAAACAACAGGCGAAUCAGGCGCAAUGCUUAGAAGCGUUGGAUUUGAGCGGCUGGAACGUUCACAACGCGAUCAAGUUAGUUCGCGUGAAGGUCUCGGUGGGGACGGACGUGUCUUUCGACAAGUGCCACGAACAACUGCAGAAAACUAACGGAGAUAUCGGCAAAGCUGUUGCCAUGCUCGUGCCCAUCGAAUAACAAUGUAAAAAGGAUUUUAACAACGUGAAAAAAUUAAUUUAAAUAAAUUGUAACUUUACUGAAAA